GAUGCUCAGUUUGGAUCCACCCCGUUCAUUGAUUGUAAAUACGUGUAUCGCAAAGAUGUAUGGAGAUUGUAGUACAUUGUUGCUUUCUAUGCGUCGAUUUAAUGCUACGCGGACUACAGACAUCAGUUCGCUGUUUAAAGAGGCGCAGCGAGUAGGCUGGAGCAAUUGCCAGAGGUCGGUUAGGGGCGGCUCGUUGUUGGGAGGUAGUAGGCUGGAGAGCUGGGCCGGUGUCGGCCCGAGGGAGGAGGGAAUGAGUGAAGAGGAUCAGAACGUUGCAGACUGCAAUAGGAGUAUCGAUUGUCCCAGUAUAGAGCAAAUGCUGGCGCUGAAUCCGGGAAAGACUCCUAUCAGCCUGCUUCAAGAAUAUGGGACAAGAAUAGGAAAAACUCCUGUGUACGAUUUACUGAAGGCAGAAGGACAAGCCCACCAGCCGAACUUCACCUUCCGAGUCACAGUCGGAGACAUCAACUGCACUGGUCAGGGUCCCAGCAAAAAAGCAGCGAAACAUAAGGCAGCAGAGGUUGCUUUGAAAUUACUUAAAGGAGGAAGUCUGAUGGAGCCCCAAGAAGAUGGAGUCGGGAGUGAUUUCAUCUCUGAAGCAGACGAUGACGGACUUCAUUCAAAGCUUCCAGUAGAAGAUGCUAAUUGUGAAACCUUCUCAGCUUUAGGAAGUGUUCGGAAUUUACCAUCUGAAGUGAAAACUGUAAGCAGUGCCCAGCAAGCAGAGUGUAAUCCAGUUGGGGCGUUACAGGAGCUGGUUGUACAGAAGGGAUGGCGACUGCCAGAGUACACGGUCACACAGGAAUCCGGCCCUGCUCACAGGAAGGAGUUUACCAUGACCUGCAAGGUGGAAAGAUUUGUGGAAAUUGGAAGUGGCACAUCAAAGAAGCUGGCAAAACGAAAUGCUGCAGCAAAAAUGUUGUCUCGAAUCCACAGCAUUCCAGUCGAUCAACGAGAGGGUAAUGAAGCUGAGGCAGAUGAAGACCAGUUUUCCAUGAUGACUAAGGUGGAUGCUAUGAAAGGAAGGAAUUCUGGUUGUACAUGGGACUCUCUUAGAAACUCUGCAGGGGAGAAGAUUUUACAGCUACGGUCCCGGCCCCUUGGAAUACCAAACUCUGACUUCUGUCAUCUACUUGCAGAACUAUCGGAGGAGCAGAGGUUUGACAUCAGUUACUUGGACAUUGAGGAGAGAAGUCUGAGUGGCCAGUGCCAGUGUUUAGUUGAACUGUCUACCCAACCCACUACAGUAUGCCAUGGCUCUGCCCUUUCCAGAGUUGCUGCCCGUUCCAGUGCUGCCUACAAUGCUUUACAGUACCUCAAAAUAAUGGCAGCAGGAAAGUAAAGGAAACCAAAGUUAGAGCAAUAAAAUACCUCCAAAUUCCAGCACACUUUUCAGAUUGUUUUCUUAUUGGAGAUAGCCUCAGCAUCAUUGUUUAAUAUUGGUUCCUUUGAAAUGCUCCUGAAUCUUUGUGGUGCUUUUCUGAUAGCACUUUUCAUCCUUAUCUUGUCAUCGGACACCAGGAAUCAGACAGUCUUAACAGAAGAACCUUCCAUUUGGAAUGGAGAGUGCAGGAGGUCUACAAAUGCUGUGGCAUUAAUGGAACCUUUGAGUGAAACACAGACUCUUCUCUGUAUUUGCAUUCAGCGUUCACUUUAACAAAGUUCUAUUUUAAACUGCCUUAUCAAGAGCUUGUGUGUUUUUGUCCACCUUGACUUGUUUAGUGCCAUAUUCUUUUUUUUUAAUUUGUUCACUAUGAUUUUUAUUUUGCAUUCAACUUCAAGUUCCAGUAGACAUCUUUCGAAUGAGAGGACGUUAUUUGCCUGGUCCCUGCUUUAAGGGAACUGUUCAUUUCAGUUUUAAAUGUGUAGUAAAGUACUUUUACAGAUUUGUUAUUUAUUUUUUUUUUUUUUUUUUUUUUUGAGGUGGCAAGAAUGGCCUUGAUUGUAGAUAGCAUCAUUUUUUAUUUUUUAUUAAAUUGCUUUCUUAAAAUGG